GGACGCAAACCGUCAACGCUCCCUGCUCUCUGCUCUCGCCUUCUUCCAUGUUCUCCUGUCUCCCAUAGACACACCGGCGCGGUGUGGGAGGGAAGAAUCCAUCGCAAGGGAAGACGACUCGAUCGAUAGAGUUGGAGGGCUUGGAGGGAUCGUCUUUUCUCCCCAAAUUUUGGAUUCAAGGAAGAAGACCUUCUUCUCCGGUUCUCGAUUCCGUGAAGAGUUGUUUUUGCUUGCGGAAGUCUCUCAUCUUAAGAAACUUCGCGAUAAUCUGUAAUACACAAGAAAGAAGCACUGUUUUUAGCUUACUAUACUCUGUUGUGCAGUCUCCACGAAUCCGGCACUUCUUUGAUCUUAUCCUCCGCUGUGCUUUCAUCACCGAGAUUGGUUUAAACUGAAGGGAAGAGGACCUUUCUGAUCGUUGCAUGGCGGACUCAGACAACGAAUCGGGCGGACAGAUCAACAGCAAAGCAGGGUCGUCGGCGGCAGCCCGGGAGCAGGAACGCUUGCUGCCGAUCGCCAACGUGAGCCGAAUCAUGAAGAAGGCGCUCCCGGCGAACGCCAAGAUCUCCAAGGACGCCAAGGAGACGGUGCAGGAGUGCGUGUCCGAGUUCAUCAGCUUCGUCACCGGCGAGGCCUCCGACAAGUGCCAGCGAGAGAAGCGCAAGACCAUCAACGGCGACGACCUUCUCUGGGCCAUGACCACCCUCGGCUUCGAGGACUACGUCGAGCCCCUCAAGGUCUACCUGCAGAGGUUCCGCGAGAUGGAAGGCGAGAAGGCUGGGGGCGCCGCUUCAUCUCAGUCGCAGCACAAGGACGGCAGCGGCGGAGGAAGCGGCGGCAAUGGGGGCGGUGGCAGCAUAUACGGCAGCGGAAUGAUGAUAAGGGGCCAGCAGAUGUACGGCUCGGGGACACCAUCGGUCCUGCAGCCAUAUCAGCAUCGUGGAUGACUGUGGGAGCAAAGAACAGCCUGAGUGGCGGUGGCAAUGGUGGAAGUUCUCCUUCUAAUGGUAUGACGUUUGAUGACAAGGCUCAGUCGAUUACCAGUAUCUCCUUGAUGUAUGAUUGUACUGUUGUAUUGAUCUACGUUGCUCAAAGUAAAGUAUAAACCUUUACUGCUCAAUAAUCCAUCGAAGAAGGCAUAGUCGAAGUUGAGGCAACACAGAAUUAUAUUGUUUGAGUUCUUCCAA